UUCACUUCCGGGAGGCCAACUCCUAGGUUUCGGAGCCACCCCGACUUAAGUCUGGCCUUGCUGCAGUCAGUGAUUCGGUUUGCAGCCUUGCACUGCUUGUACCGCCUCCGGCUGGUUGAGAUGCACCCGAGCAGCUGCUGAAGUAAGCGGACCUACGCACGGGCUGGCCGGGUUCCCACUGGAUUUAACUCAGGAUCUGGGCGCUUAGGCUGGCUGGCAGAGAUGGGCUUAGCGGGGCGCGCACUCCUGCGGGCCGUGAUCAUGGGGCCCCCCGGCUCUGGCAAGGGAACCGUGUCCUCUCGCAUCGUCAAACACUUCGCCUUGAAACAUCUCUCCAGCGGGGACCUGCUCCGGGACAACAUGAAUAAGGGAACAGAGAUUGGUGUGCUUGCCAAGACUUUCAUUGAUCAGGGGAAACUUAUACCAGAUGAUGUCAUGACCCGGCUGGCCCUGCAUGAACUGAAAAAUCUAGCCCAAUAUAGCUGGUUGUUGGAUGGUUUCCCCAGGACUGUCCCACAAGCUGAAGCUCUGGACAAAGUCUACCAGAUAGAUACAGUGAUUGAUCUGAAUGUACCCUUUGAGACUAUUAAGCAACGGCUCACCUCUCGCUGGAUUCAUCCAAGUUCUGGCCGAGUUUACAACAUUGAAUUCAACCCUCCUCGAAAAAUUGGCAUUGAUGAUAUUACUGGAGAGCCUCUUAUACAGCGUGAAGAUGAUAAACCAGAAACUGUUACCAAGAGAUUAAAAGCUUAUGAAGCUCAAACAAAACUUGUCCUGGAGUAUUAUCGAAAAAAAGGUGUGUUGGAAACUUUCUCUGGAACAGAAACCAACAUAAUCUGGCCUCAAGUAUAUGCUUUCCUCCAAACAAAACUGCCAGAUAUAAGUCAGAAAGAAGCAAUGACUCCUUGAAAAAUAACAAUUCACUAUGGCAAUAGCAGAAAACUGGUUUGCUUUGCCAAGGAGCUUCUCUGAAUGAUGGGAUUUUGAUAUAUAUGAAUUCUGCUAAGAUCAUGAUCUACUCUCAUUUUUCUGAUUUUUUUCUGGAAACUAAGUGAUGUGUCAGUCAUGAAGACUUUAGUUUCUUAAAUCUUUAUUGUAGUGACCUGGUUCUCAACUCCUGGUGGUUUGUGUAAUUUUUUUUUUUAAAUCCUAUUUAUCUAAUCAUAUUUCAUUUUGUAAAAUGGCAAAGCCAAAAGUAUGACCGGUUGUUUUUAAAACAAUAUGUCCUUUUCAGUAAGUAAGCAGCUUCUAGAAUUUCCCUCUUUUUUCAGAAAAAGAAUCAAUGUUUACAUAGCACUAACUGAAAUCAAAUACAUUAUCCAGAGGCAUUCUUACCCUUUAGUCUUUUAGAUUGAAACCAUGACAAAAAUCCUUCUAACUUCAACUCAGAAGUUUCCAGCACUGUGAUUUUUUUUUUAAAUAUCUGGAAGUUCUGCUUUAGAGAAUCACUGGUACAGAAUGUCAAUUCAUCAAUGCCUCAAAUAACGCACAUAGGAGACAGUUUUAUUUGAUGACUAGAAUGUGCUUAUUUUUCUGGUGAAGAUCCUCUCCUUUGAGAGCAGCUAGGUGGCACACUGUGUGUGGAAUCGGGAAGAUUCCAAUCCUGUCUCAGACACUUACUAAGCUGUGUGACUCUGGGCAAGUCACUUUAAUUCCAUUUGUCUCAGUUCCUCAUCUGUGAAAUGAUUUGGAGAAGGAAAUGACAAACCACUUCAGUAUCUUUGCCAAGGAAAACUCAAAAAUGGCGCUACAAAGAAUCAAUCAUGAAUGGAACCACCACAGCAGCAACCAAAUCAUCCUCUCUUAAUUCUGCCUGUUCCAAGAAUAAUUGUAGACCAUAUUGUUGUAUGCAAAACUAGGGAACUUGAAUAUAAAUGCUGGCUCCUGCUACCUGUAAGCUGUGUAACCUUGGGAAAGAUUACUUAACCACUUAACCUUCAGAGUCUUCAUUUCUUAAAAGUGAUAAGAUUGGACUAGAUGACCCAGGGAGCUCUUGAUCCCUUUUAAAUCCCUCAUGAUGCUAUUGAAAUAACUAUUGAAAACUCUGUAAUUGUCAUUAGGAAAACAUUUUAUUUUUAAUUUGUAAAGUGAUUUAGCAUUUAGAAAGUAUCAUAGCAAAUAUAAUUUGUGACAGCAUACCAGUAAGAUCAUCCUUAUUUUAUGUUCAGUCAUGUCUGACUCUUCAUGUGUGGGAUGGGUCGGGUGCAAGACCCCCCUUCCCAAUCCAAUUAACUAAUCAGAGAUAUCAUUAGGUACAAAGAGAAAACAUUUAAUCCCUGCAGGGAUAGGCCGAGACACACACCUGGGAUCUAUCUCAUGAUCCCACCAUGUGCUCCUGGAACCUGACCUGCUUCUGUCUUGUCCGGGGUUUAAAAGGCAAAGGACUCGAGCCUUCUCAUUGGAUAGACUAAAAGGACAUAACUAUCCUUGACCAAUGAUCACUAAUGCUGACUGCCUCCCACAGGUCAUGUCACUUCCUGCAUCUCAGGUUCAAAGUUCAUUCCUCCAGAGUAAAUGACCUUCCCAAGGUCUCAGUUCUGGAAACAAGGAACAUGUGACUCAAUAUGAGAAAUACUUCAUCCAAUCAAUCCCAUUCAAUGACUCCGUGGACACACCAAGUCCUUUCUUCUAUCAUCUGUCUCCCAAAGCCUGUCUAAAUUCUUGUGCAUUGACACUAUCAUUCUCCUUUUACCUUCAGUCUUUCUCAGCAUCAGGUUCUCCAGUGAAUCCUGUUAUACCAUUAUGUGGCCACAGCAUCUCAGAACAUUAGCUUAUGUAUUUGUCCUUCCAAUGAAUAGUCAAGUUUUACAGGAUUAGGAAAAUGAGGCUCAGGACUUAGCUCACCCCAGAUCACAAAACCACGUAGUAUUACACUGGUCAUUUUUUCUUUUGAAAAUAUUUGCUUGCACUGAUGGAUAUGAUACAUAAGAGUUUUGACAUGAUGGAAUUUCCUCAAUGAGCAAUGAAGGGAGAUAAUUUUUAUCCCAAAUGUAAAGUUUUUAGGCAUUUAUUCUGGUUGAGAAAUGUGGAUUUUAGAAUUUCUGGUUUUUCUUCUUCUUACUUACCUUUUGCUGUCAGUAAUCUGUCCUUCUGCAUUCCAUGUUAACAUAUUGAAAAAAACCAGGUUAUUUCACGGUACUGUGCAAAGCAAGUGUAUUUCCCAAAGCAAGCAUGGGGCCUUACAUGUAAUAGGCUUUUAAUAUGUGAUAAUGGUAGUUGUUAGCUUUCUAAUUCCAAAUUCUUGGGUACCCCUGGGAAUCCAAUAUCAUUAGAUUUCCUGAAGUAGCAGUAGGUAGAGGAAAGUCCUAUAAGGGAUGCUAUUGCUUAUUUGAGAUAGCAGACUUAGUAGAAGCAAAAAGAGAAUAUAGUUUGGGGAAGAGUAAUGACUUUUUAAAAUAUCAGAAAAAACCAUGAUGCUGGCCCCUGUCUUAAUCUUGGGAAAAUCUCAGAAAGUGUGGAUGGCUUUUAAAGCAAUGUCUCUGGGCCUCAGCUUCAUCACUAAAAGAAUAGCACUUAUCUCUAAUGGUUGUGUGUGUCUAAUAUAUGUAGUUUGCUUUGCAAACUAUAAGAUACAUUAUGUUGUUUUUAGUAGAGGAGUAGGGUAGCAGUGUAAUAGCUAAACCUUCCAUUUCCAUUUCAUUUUCCUUACAGUGACCCUAUGAGAAUCUCUAAGUCAGAUGAGUAUUAUCUCCACCCCAAUCUGAUGAAAUCGACUUGCUCAGGGUCACACAUCUAUUGUCAGAGCGAGCAUUCAAACUCUAAUUUUCUGACUCCUUGGCCUUGCUGCCUCAAUUACUGUGGCCAAUGGGGAAUAGUGGUAUGGUAUAGAUAAAAUGCUGGGCUCAGUGUCAGAAACGUCGAGUUUAAAUCCUGCCUCGGACAUUUGUGUAACCUAGGCAAGCCAUUUUCCUGCUUUCAAGCCUCAGUUCCCUUAUCUGAAAAAUGAGGUGAGUUGGACUUAAUGACAGCUAAGGUCCCUUUUAGCUGGAAAUGAGUUUCUAUGAAUUAAAGCUUAAAUAAUUAAAGAUUAUUUUAAAUGCUUUAACAAAUUUGCCAAUGUUCUUGAAAACUCGACCUUCCCCCAUCCCUUUUCUGAGAUUUGUCUUCUAGGCAGUUAAAAUGUAAAAGCAAUUUUAGAAUUUUUUUUCCUACUUAGCAUUCUCAUUCUCACACUAUCAAUCUUUUUCCAGCCUACUUCCCUUUUUGAUAUUUUUCUUUUACUUUGUAUAAGACUUUCUGUAAUGCCUUACGUGAGUAUCGCAGUAUACCCAUUUUUAACAAUUUUGGAUUUUUUGAUAUAAAAUAGCAUUAGACUAUAAAGCAUGCUUUAUAAUAAAAUUGAUCAAAAAUCAAAACUAAUGUUCCUUUCUUCUUGGUACAACACACAAGACUUUAUACUCCAAACUCUCCAAUACUUUCAAAAUCACAGCCUACACCUGCCCCAUCAAUUAUAUUGUUUUGUUCUCCUGUUAUUUACAAAAGCCCCAUGAAUGAAAUCUAAAUUAUUUUCAGUGUUUACAAAAUACUUUUACUUGUAUUAGUUCAUUUGUUCUUCCUUAGAAUCAACUGUAAGAAAAGUAAAGGGUAUUACUAUUUAACAAAUGAAGCUGAUCUCCCAAUAUAACAUUCUAUAUUUCGAAAUGAUUUUUACCCCAUUUUAUGUGUAACUUGUAUAUACUUGUGUUUUUCAUUUUUGUUUUUGUAUUUUCCUGUGCUUAUGGUAGUGUAGGUGUUUAAUAUUUGUCAAAUUAAAUUUUGGGAUGUUGCCCAAAAUUACAUAGUUAAGAAACUAAGUAAAGAUAUUAGACAACACUAAGAAUUCAAAAACAGAUCCUAGAAUGAUGGGGUUGAAUCCAACAAAAAUCAGUUAACAAAGGUCAAGGGAUUAUCAAGUUUCAAUUCACUGAUCCAUACCAUUGCUCUAAAGAGAACUCAGAAUACCCGAAAGCAUCACAUUGCCACUUUUGAUAAACUUCAAUGAUUGCUUUUCGUUCUGUGCAAUUCCUUCCUUCUACUGCUGCUCUCUGAUGCAAAGCAGAACAAAAUAAAUCCCUUUCCCCCCUUAGUCCUUCAAAUACAUGAAGACACCUAUUAUAUCCACUCUGACUUUCAUUCAUGUUAAACGGCCUCCCCACUUCAUUUAAUCAGUUGGCAUGGUCUUCAGUCCUCUCAUUAUCUUGGUCAAACUUCUUUGGGUACACUUCUAUUUGUCCAUGCCAUUCUUCAAAAAUGGAGAUGCAUGUUUCCAGAUG